AUGGCCUCUUCCCUGAGCAAGCGAGCGGCAUGCUCCCAGUGGGCGAAACUGGCGACAACCCCCUAUCGAGCACCUCUCCGACAGAGACGAUAUGCUAGUGCUGCUGCAGUCCCUACCUCUUCUAGCAUCCCUGUCCAUGGCGAGGCUCAGAUUCGACAUGAAGCCUCAGUGCCCAAUCCAGAUCCUCCCGCAGACUCACCGACAGCUACCUAUCUCAAGCAGAAUGCUUCCUACAUGGUUCCUACCUAUGUCCGACCUCCCCCAAUGUUCGUGAAAGGAGAUGGAUGUGUCAUGUACGAUAAUGAGAAUAGAGCAUACCUCGAUUUCACUGCAGGCAUAGCGGUCAACUCUCUAGGCCAUGCUGAUGCCGAGAUAUGCAAGAUCAUUGCUCAUCAAGCACAGCAAUUGAUCCAUGCCUCAAAUCUCUACUACAACCCAUGGACGCCGGCCCUCUCUAAAUUGCUUGUGGAUGAAACCCAGAAACAGUCACCAGGCUCACAUCUCAGCCAGGUCUUCAUCUCGAAUUCGGGCUCCGAGGCCAAUGAGGCCGCGAUCAAAUUUGCCAGGAAGGUGACUUAUGCUAAGGAUCCCGAGUCCAAACAAAGGGACAUUGUUUCUUUCCAUGGCUCGUUUCACGGUCGUACAUAUGGAUCGCUGUCAGCGACACCCAACAAAAAGUACCAGGCACCAUUCGGUCCGAUGUUGCCCGGAUUCCGUUAUGGCACGUACAACGACGUUGCGGGUGUGCAAGAUCUGGUCAACCAAAACACGGCCGGCGUCAUUAUCGAACCGAUCCAGGGUGAAGGAGGCAUCAACGUCGCAACUCCGGAAUUUCUGCAAGCACUCCGCAAGAGGUGCGACGAAGUGGGCGCCGUGUUGAUCUUUGACGAGAUCCAAUGUGGCUUGUCCCGGACUGGAGACCUCUGGGCUUACACGGCCUCGGGGGUCCAGCCUGAUAUCCUGACAACAGCCAAAGCCCUAGGCAAUGGUGUGCCUAUCGGAGCGACACUUGUGUCGGGCAAAACAGUCGCCCCCUUCAUACAAACAGGAGAUCACGGCACAACAUUUGGCGGCAACCCUUUUACUUGCCGAGUUGCCCAUCAUGUCUUUGGACGUCUGGCCAAGGCUCAGCUACAAGAAGAAGUCAAGAUCAAGGCGACGCUUUUCUUCAACGCUUAUGAAACUCUGAAGGAGAAACUCCCUGGUGUCGUCUCAGAGGUCAGAGGCAGAGGAUUGAUCGUCGGUUAUCAAUUGAGCGAUUCAGCCAAAGCCAAGGCCACAGAGGUGGUGACGGCUGCUCGCGAGAGGGGUCUGCUGAUCAUCACCGCGGGAGACGGCGUCAUCAGGAUUGUCCCCCCGCUUGUUAUCUCACUAGAAGAGAUCAGUCGAGGACUGGCUAUUCUGGAUGAGGCCAUGGACGUUGUCUUCAACAAGCCAAUCGAAGUAGAUGGCACCGAAGGCCAGCAAGAGAUAAGCAAGCAGUAA